AUGACUGCCAAGACGCUGAAAACUGAGGCCUACAUCCAAUUGCUCGAGAGCUGUCUUCCAAACGCCUGCGAUGACGCUGUGUUCUCCAUCAAGAAGCUGCUCGAGGACUGCGACAACAUCGAGAAAUGCCCUCCGUGUCUUCUCAAAUUGACGGCAGACAAGCUUUUGUCCAUUCUUGGUUCGCAAGAACAGAACUAUGACAAGGUCAUCGAGGUGCUGAAAAAGCGUGAGUUUCACAAUGCUCCGUUCUUUCAGUGUACCCUCAAAUUUCAGAUGAUUUGGAAACUGUCAUCGCAUGUUCUUCGUUCCUGCAAGGUCGUUCGGACAUGAUUGCGAAGGUUACGGAAGGCCUCCUCUCGAACACUGUUCACACUGAUUUCGGCAUCCGAGUUCACAAACAUCAUUUCGAAGUGAACUUGAACGGCAUCCAGGUGUUUGUGAGUUCGAAGACCAAAGAGGAGUACUCCUUCCACUAUCCGAAAAUCGUCCUUCGUCAAGCGUUUCUGAAGAUGAUCAACAUUAUUCGUGUCACAUUUUGCAGUACGUUCACCCCAAUCCGCUUUUCACUCAUUCAGUUUUAAUUUAGCGGAAGGAGAGCUCACAUACACGCAGCUGGCUGAACGCGCCAACCUGUUCUUGAACACCCUGAACCGUGUCAGCACGAUCCCAGAUCGAUGGCACCCGGACGGGCUGACCAGAUGGAUUAGAAUCGAGCUGGGCGGACAGAAGAGUCACACGUCGUUCUUCCGAGUGAUGCCUGUCGACCUAAAACGAUAUCACUCCUGGGGAUAUGUGCUGUGA